AGGAAAGUGCCAUUGCAGCGGGAGGGGAUGAUUUCGCGAGAGGGCAGUCUUUCUCCAGCCCAAGCUUUUGUUUAUGGCGAGCAGACGUCUCCGGGGUCCUACCCCUCUCAGCGUGGGCACUUCCAGACUCCGAGAGGCCAUGUUCACACAGCCAAUCCUGACACGCAUCCCCUUCUCUGUCACACGCCCUGCCCCAGCUAUUCUUCUAGCACCCACCCGGUUGGAACGGCCAGUGUCAAACGGUCGUGCGGAGUAGGCAGGCCCGGCCAAUGGAGCGGUGCGCCUGCGUGGAGAGGGAGCUGGACAAAGUGCUGCAGAAGUUCCUUUGCUACGGCCAGCAUUGCGAGCGAGGCCUGGAGGAGCUGCUGGUUUACGUCAGCCAGCUGAGGGAGGAGCUGAGCACUGCAGCCUUACAACGGACACCACUAUCUGCCACACUGUCCCUGGUAAUGUCCCAGUGCUGUAAGAAGAUCAAGGACACUGUGCAGAAUCUAGCUUCAGAUCACAAAGACAUCCAUAGUAGCAUUUCUCGGGUUGGCAAGGCAAUCGACCGGAAUUUUGAUGCAGAUUUAUGUGGCAUUGUUCCUGCAAUGGUCUGGGAAUCCCAAGAGAAGCAGAUCCUGGUGCUGGCCAUUAUAGAACACCUUUACCAACAAGGAAUGCUUGGAGUGGCUGAGGAGCUGUGUCAGGAGUCCACCAUGAAUGUAGACAUAGAUUUCAAAAAACCAUUUCUUGAACUUAACAGCAUACUAGAAGCUCUACACAAGCAAGACCUGGAGCCAGCCUUAAGUUGGGCAAUCUUCCACAGACAGCAGCUGGCAGAACUGAACAGCUCUCUGGAGUUCCGGCUACAUCGGCUCCACUUCAUCAGGCUUCUUGCUGGUGGUCCAGGCAAGGAGCUAGAGGCCCUGAGCUAUGCACGCCAUUUCCAGCCUUUUGCUCAUCUACACCAGCAAGAGAUUCAGGUGAUGAUGGGGAGUCUGGUAUACCUGCGCCUGGGCCUAAAGAACUCUCCAUAUAGGCACUUGCUCGAUGACAGCCACUGGACUGAGAUUUGUGAGACUUUCACUCGUGAUGCCUGUGCCCUGUUGGGCCUCUCAGUGGAGUCUCCCCUGAGUGUCAGCUUUGCUGCAGGAUGUGUAGCACUACCAGUGCUGAUGAACAUCAAGGCUGUGAUUGAGCAGAGACAGUGCACAGGUGUCUGGAGCCACAAGGAUGAGCUGCCUAUUGAGAUUGAGCUGGGGAUGAAGUGUUGGUACCAUUCAGUAUUUGCAUGCCCUAUCUUGCGCCAGCAGACAACAGAUUCCAACCCACCCAUUAAGCUCAUCUGUGGACAUGUCAUCUCUCGAGACGCUCUCAACAAACUCAUCAACGGAGGGAAGCUGAAAUGUCCAUAUUGCCCUAUGGAGCAAAACCCAGCUGAUGGGAAACGCCUCAUCUUUUGAUAAUGAUGUGUCUUGGAGGUGCUGUUGGGGAAAUGGACAGUGGGAAUAAGCACCUUUUGGGGCAGGGCUUGAAAGGGAGGUCUUACGUGCCUGCAGGAGUUCCUAUUGGCCUGCUGCACUAACUGCUGUAGUCCUAAAAGUUGCUGCUUGCUCAGUGAGACAGAACAGCAGCUUCCUAGGUCAGAGGAGAGUGGUUUCUUAUGGGUGCUGUAAGGUACGGCAAUUGAUUGUGUACACGUGGCACCAUGUUUUUUUCCAAUCCUAGGCUUCUUCAUGGGGAGGGCUUAGCUGAGCAGCCAGCUGCUUCCUACCAAGAUAUUCUGCCCUCUACCCAUGCACAGAUCUAUUCUUGUUGGGGCUAGGGUUGCACAAUAAAUAGAUGAAGAGCUGCUUCUGCCACUUAAUACCUUGGAAAUAAACCUCUGUCAUCUUCUGUUUUGAUCAGUAAGAAGGAGAAAAGUUGUGUCUGAAAAGGGAAAGUGUUUUGUUUUUUAAAUAACUGAAGCCUACAUCUUAAGUUUAAAAAGGCAUCUUUAAAACUUAGUGCUGAUCUUCUGAGGAAAGUUUUAAAGUACAUGGGAAAGGAGAAAAGGGCAACAGCCGAGACAUUAACAAAGGUGAUCUCUGAAUCUUUUGAGCAUGGAGAUUGGCCCAAAGUGCAGCCUUCUGACCUAGAUAUGAAGGGUAUGUCAUUAUGGCAUGCCUCCUGCUAUCAAACUCCUUGCGCAUAGAUAAGAUCAGGAAAACUGUAAGAAAGGGUCUUGUACCUGCUGAUAGUACAUACUUAGAAGCCAACUUGUAUCUUUCAGUAAAGGUAGAAACCCUCUUGUGGAGGUCUCCGAUCUGUUAUAGAUUAGUAUAAAGUGGAACAACUACAGGAUGUGAAAUCUGGUGUAGCAGUCACUAGAAUACUUAACUUGAUGGAUAUAGGAAAGAAGAUGCAGUCCUUUCCUUCUCAUAAUGAAUUAUGUCAGCAAUUCAAUUUCAAAUAAUUCUGUAGCUUAACAGAUAAAAAUCAUUUGAAGCGAUGAUAAAAAAGGCUCAGUGUGGGUUAAUCCAUAUAGUAUAUGUAUGUAGUGGAAGAGGCCUCUUAAGUUCAACUCGAGGCAGAAUGCCAAUAGCACAUCAUUAUGGGGAACUCCCUGGAAGCAGUGGGGAAAAUGCUACAUGAGGUAGUGUAUGAAGUAGGACUCCAGAGCUGGGCCUGUGGAGAAAACUGCUAAGCUUAUAGGACAGUACAGACUUUAGAAAGGAUCCCACUGACGAGAGCAAACUGUUCAACCUAAAAGCAACCAUGCGUAUAUGAGAGCCAGUUCCUACCAACUGUGCUUCAGAAACACAGCUGUAACUAUGGUAUGUUCUUAAAUAACCCCUGUAAAGUAGGGAAAAUCACCACAGGCCUUUAGAAGGUUAUAUUUAUCAAGGGUAUUGUAUGGUUUUUUCUGACAUCUGAGUUGUGGCCUGUUCAUUUUACAAAGGGUUUUGUCCCACUGCAUGUAAUCCUAGGGUUUUGUUUUUUUCCCCUUCUCCCUUCAGUUUGGGGCACCCGAACUGC